UGUGUUUAUUCUUUGUACCAAUUAGCUUCUGCUAGCUGAAAUCGGCACACACUAAAACCAACAGCGAGCUAACACAUUUGGCUGCAGUUUGUGUACUGGCAGCGGCUUCAGCAAUGGCCUGUUUCGGCUAGCUAAUGCGACUGAGUUACAGACACUUUUCUCGCUUUAAAGUUAAGGCUUCGCUGCCACUUUGUUGUUGUUUUUUGGGGUUUGUUUUUAACAAUGCUGAGCAGCGUCGCUCUGCGGGCUCAGAUUGCCUCCAUAAUCGAUGCCCUGUCCAAAGCAGCUGUAGCAGAAAUCGCCAAAGUUGUGGAGGAUGGCGUGGUGGAGUUGCGGCUGGAAAUAUGUCAGCGUGAAAAUGACAUCAAGAAGCUGAAGGGCAACAUUGAGGUUCUGCACGACGAGCUGAGAUCACUGCAGGAGACAGUGACCCUGCGACCUGACAGCCAUGGCAGAGAUGAUGGUCAGAAUGGUGUUGGUGAUGAGAGGAGCUUGCUUGAACAGGGGCCCGCUGAUAAGGACACAAACAGCCUGUCCGUACCUGAGGUGCGGGUGAAAUGUGAACCUGUGGAGGAAGGAAGUGAAGAGGCCAGAGAAGAAGAACUGGGCUCGUAUGACCGGGACCGCACGCAGUGGAGGCUGACAACGCAAACUCCGGCAGGACGCAACAACUCCGACUAUUUACAACUAGGGCAGAACCCCGUGUCGUGUCUCCCUGAAUCUUCUCUGGACAGGGGACUGGCUGCGCCCUGCAGCAGCUCCUCUGGGUGUCAGCCGAGCGCGUUUGGCCGCGGGCUGCUGGGUUACGGUCCGUACCGUAACUCGUACAACAUCGCGCGGAGGAGGACGGUGAAGAGGUUAAUGUUUAAGAAAGGCUUCAUCUGUCCAUACUGCGGUAAAUGUUUUGAGCGAGCCGGGCACCUGGAGAGGCAUAAAAGGAUACACACUGGCGAGAAGCCUUACCGCUGCGAGAUAUGCGGGCGACGCUUCAAUCAGAAAUGCAGCCUAAAGGAGCACACGAAGAUACACAGAAGAUGUAUUGAGCCCAGUCCACUUGAGAUCAAAGUGGGCAAAGAGAAACAGACUCCCGAGGGGAAUCCAUGUGCCGAUGCUCCUCGCACCGAAGAAGAGAGCCAGGGGGAAGCUGAGGACGGCCUACCUAAGAACGAGGAUAUUCUCGCAACACCCGUACACGUCAAAUCUGAGCCCGCAGAGGAGAACCUAUUACAACCAGCGUUUCACGGAGCAGCCGAGCAGACGGGGGACAACCUCAGCGAGAACUUCCCAACAUUUGCGAGAGACAGCCAGCAGUGGAUGACCAGAUUACACGGGCAAAACCACGCGGAGAUCAGCGGCGCAGAGUACCUGGGCAGCUCGGCCUUCCCGGGGAAAGCUCAGUUACUGCCGCCACCAGUCGAAGCUUCUUGUAGCACGUUCUCCUUUCCAGGGAAACCGUACGGGGAGCUCAAAAACAGCAUGGUCUCCCAAACACCGUUCGGAUCCCCAGACACGCUUCUAUCAAGCGAGGCGGGCUUGCACGGAAUGGCGGCAGCGCUGAGUCACCACAGACAGAGAGGAAUCAGGUCGAUUCAGAUGAUCAAACCGAAGAAAAGCUUCGUCUGCCAGUACUGCGGCAAGGUCUUUGAGCGCGUCGGCCACCUCGAAAGACACUUACGAAUUCAUACCGGGGAGAAGCCGUAUGGUUGCCAGAUCUGCGGGAGGUGCUUCAAUCAGAAGAGUAGCCUCAAGGGCCACAUGAAGACGCACAGGAAUGGGGAGAACGCAGAUGUGCUGGAGGCCCAUCAUAUGAUGUUUACGAUGCCUGAUAGCCAGCCGUUGAAGAACCUGGCAGAAGCCAAGACCGGACUGUCAGCUUUAGAGGAACAGUUCCUGGGCACCGCGUACGGCGAGGCAGCUGGUGAGCAAACAGUGACGGUUAAGCUGGAGCCAAACGGGGAGGAUUUCCAAACUCUACUGACUGAUAACGACACCGGAGCACCCGACCACAGGCAGCUGUGGACAUCAGGGAUAGAGAAGAGUAGUGAUCCUGACCAAGCGGUCUGCGUGCUUUUACAUGAUGCCAAGUAUCACCUCAGUCCUGCUGCUGGAGCAGCCAACGGGCAGCAGGGAUUUACAUCGCCGAUAAGAGAUCUGCCUUUUCUAGACGACAAAGAAAAGGAAGAAACGAUGCACAAUAAUCAGUAUUCUAUGAUGGGUAUGCAAUCAAGAAGCUCUGAUAUGACUCUGGCACCUGAGCUGCAAGAUCAACAUAUUGCACCAGAGGCGGCUGUGAAUGAGUACACAGCACUGAGUGAUAGGGCUCGCGAGGGAGGUGUGUUUGAAUUUAAUAUGAGCGCCUCAGGCAACCAGGCGGACAACUGUGACGGGGACGCCGCCGGGCAAAAUUGCUUUAUAUGCUCAAGUUGUGGGCAAAGCUUUGAUAGUUUUAAUUUAUUUCAGAGGCACCAGUGUAAAAAUAUCACAGAGCAAUCCUUCAGUUGUGAGAUAUGUGGUAAGAUUUUCAAUCAGAUGAGCAUCCUGAAAUUGCACCUUAAACUUCAUGUAUGAUAUACACUACAAAAGGAGAACUACGCGAUUAUCCACCAAGCUUCAUCACAUUCAGUCGUAACACAUGGCAAAGUGCACACGGUCGACAUGCCAAUGUGACAUCUAAAUAAAUGCUCGGCAUGUCCCAAAAGUUAAUGCAGAAGAACAACAAAAAAUAUCUUGUAUUUGCAGGACUGAUUAAUUUCAAUCUUCUUCGCAGUAACGCCAGUCCGUUAAGCUUCUGUCACAUUUCCAGUACAACAUGUACUUUGCACAAAAUAUUUUCCUUUUUAAUUUUACCUACUUCAUCUCCUCAUUUAUAAAACACUUUUUUAAAGGUGAUUAAGCAUUGUUGGGUGUGUGACACUGUUGAUCCUUGCUUGCUUAAAGGACAAUUACGGCGCAAAAUGAACCUAGGGGUUAAUAACGUGAAAAAAUUCCAAAACAAUCUUUCUUGGGACCAUUCAACCAUUAACUGAAUAAGAAUUUUGACCAAAAAGGCUGAUAAAUCUCUACGGAGGGUUACCGUGAAAAGAUACAGGCAACGCAAUUUUCUGUUCACAUGAACGUGACAUGUUAAAAUCAGCUGUAUGUUCACAUGAACGGAGCAUGUUAAAAGCAGUUGAUAGAGACGGUCAUGGCUACUGGAGGAGCGGAAGAACUUGGAAAAGCCGUGAGCGGCAGUUGGUAGUUGAGUUGCGUGAGAAAAGGGGGCUUUGAGCCGGGUACAGGGCACCGCGAGCUGCUGGUCGUUUUGGCUGACAUUAUGGUUAAGUUUUGGCGACAAAAAGUGAGUGUUAUGCGGCACCAAAACGACUAGUUAAGUUUAGGAAAAAGAUGGUGGUUUGGAUUAAAACACUGCCAAGGAACAUUAUUUAAUGUUAUUAACGUUAUUGAAGUCCUUUGUUUUUCCUGGGAAAGCGAACUCCACUCCCCGGUUUGAACGCGCUGCUUUUUAUGAAAGUUCUUUAAGUAAUGGAAAGCAUAUAUAUAUAUAUAUAUAUAUAUAUAUUCCCCCCUUUUUGUGCUGGUCCUAAAAUUUAUCCGAUCCGUGACUCAAAACUGUGAUCCGAACCGUGAGUUUUGUGAUCCGUUGCACACCUAAUUAGAAACCCUAAAUCUUUCAGCAUAUUGUAAUUUGAGUUGUCUGAGUGACAACUGGUGGUGGUGAUGGCGCAGUGGAUAUGACACGUGCCUUUGGUGUGGGAGAUCCGGGUUCAAUUCCCACUGCGAUACAUCAACC